GUUUUCAAAUACAGGCUAGUGGGAAAGCUCAUGAUGGCGGUGAUCAGAAUGAGAAGUGCAUCAUAUUUUUCUAUUUAAGUCGAGAGAACUCGUGAGAAUAGUCUGGCAGUAUUUUAUGGUGUACCGCAGUACACUAGUACACAGCCUGACGAGAGGGGGGGACAGGGGGGCCUGGUGUACCCGGGCCCGCGGCUGUCAAGGGGGCCCGGCCUUGGAUCUCAAGCUUUCACCUUUGACCAAGGAAAUGAUAAUGACCAAGGUCACCAUCAUUCUUAUCUUGGGUGGCCUGUUCUCAAACCUGCUAUGGACAGUCGUAGCUUCUGCCGCAUCCGAUACAGAUGCAAGAGUUCAGGGCCUGACUAAGUGUAAGGGAGAGCACCUGGUGUUAAUGGAAGCAAGUCCUGAGGUUACUGCCCAUGUCUUUGUGUAUCGCAAUGGCGAGUCGGUGGCCAGCACGUCUGUACAGGCGAAGACAGACCUCCAGGGGCGACUGCUUGUGGGCGACAACUCCAGUGUGAGGCUGAAUAAUCUGACGUCAGGUGACCUCGGACUGUACCGCGUGGAGGUCAAACUUUCUGAUGGAAGCACCGUAGAUAAGAGCAAGAUGGUGGUGGUUAGAGAGCCCCCCGAGACUACGAACAAUCAGUUGGUCGUUGUUAGCGACACGUCUGACGUCACGUUGGUUCGUCUGAGAUGUGGUGUCUUCACGUUCUUGGGAUUCCCUCCCGUCUCCGUCAUAUGGAAGGAUCCCGUAGGACAGCUGCUGGCGAGUACAGGAUUCACCGACAACCACUUUACACUGGACCUGCCAGUGAAAGUUGCCAGACCUGGCCUCUACAGUUGUCAGCUUGACUGCCAGGACCCCAGCUACUGUUGUCUUGACGACCAGUCUCCUCUCAGACAAUGGGCUCAGAUCGAAGUGCAGAUAGACAAGGAUCUGGAGACCUCUAGUGAAGAUGGUGUAUCUGUGGCGAAUUUCUCCAGCCUGGUUCAGCGUGUGGAGGAGUUAGAGAGAAGCAGCAGAGCCCACGACUGCAGGGAAAGUGGUGUGGCUGCAAUGGCUCACCUUGUUCAUCGCCAAGCUAAGUGUGACCAGCUUGAUGCUUUGAUUGGUCGAUUAGUCGCAACAGAGGAAAAGAUUGCAGAUUUGUGGAAUAUCAGUAGAAUCCUAAAAGAAGUGCAAGACGAACUAAAUUCCACGAAGAACACCCUCAGCGAUUUUCAACUGCAAAGGCUAAAAGAGAUGACGGCGGUUAAUCAAGUCUUCGAGGACUUUCGCCUUCAGUUUGAGAAAGAGACGAUGAACAUAAAUGACACGCUAAAGAAUGUGUUAUUGAAACAACAGCAAAUGGAAGACCGGAUACCGAAGGUAGAUGAACGAAUGUCACAGGUAGACGUCAGGAUGUCGAAGGUUGAUGACCGAAUGUCACAGGUUGAUGACCGCAUGUCACAGGUUGACAACCGGAUGUCCCAGGUAGAUGAACGGAUGUUACAGGUAGACAUAGGCAUAUCGAAGUGGGCGGCCUCGAGGCUGACAGAUUGCGACUAUCGUAGUCAGUUAAUAAGCAACUUGACAGCCAUCGCUGAAGAUGUGGCAGUUCUCAAGACAGAAACUCGUAGUGAGAUGUCGACGAUGAGGAGUAAAGUUACCGACAUUGAGAACGCUUUAGCUACUCACGUGACCACGUCAAACGAGACUCAAGCAGCUCUACUAUCAGAAAUUUCAGCUGGCAAAAGGAUAUUGGAGCAACCACCUUAUGGUGGCUGUCCUGUGGAGAAGGGUUAUGUGCUUUACCAUAAGCAUUGUCUGAAGUUCUACACAAUCGGUCUAGACUACCAGGCUGCCAGAAGGCGCUGUGAAGAUGAUGGAGCUCAUCUCUUUCACCCGAAGUCAAGUGAGGAGGGCGGCUUGGCCUUGUUGUCGCUGAUGGACACUAACGGACAACAGCUAAACUCGAGCGGCCGUUGGUGGGUUGGAGCAGAUGACAUUGUGACCGAAGGCCAUUUCCUGUGGACCGAUGGCUCCCCCUUGCGGACCGAUUCCACUCUCUGGGCCAGAGGCCAGCCGGACGAUUAUUUAAGUAGCGAAGACUGUGUUGAGGUCUUGCACAAUAAAGUCUUGCUUCUAAACGACAACAAAUGCGGAGAGACCAAGGCCUUUAUUUGUCAGGCCGACCUCGAGGUCCAGUGAAACGACGGUUUGUUGUCAACAGCAACAAGGCAAUAAAAUUUAGAUAUUUUUUUAUCUCUAACCCGCUGGUCGCACUGUGCACUCUAUCUAUGAUAUCAAUCAUGAUAUUCAGGUCGAGUUGACGGUCUGCCCUUUCAAUGACAUCAGACAUGAUGGAGGGGAGUAUAGAUCAGGCUGACCUUUGUAGACAUUUAAAAAAAUGCUUUGCAUGCUCUGUUAUUGUCCUCUUCAAACAAGACCUGAGAAUGUCAAGUCUUUCUCCAAGCAACGCUUCUGUCACAACUGCACGCCGCGGGAAGAAAAUGCCUGAAACAUGAUUUUCUUGGAAAAUCUGUCUGUCCGUGAACCUGCGCUUUAAUGCAUAUGCUAAAAUGGUACUG